CCACAGGUUGUCACUGUCACCUUAAGUAACCUAACAUCAUUCUAAAAUUUUUAAUCCAAAGCUGUCUUUAAAAAUUAAAAAUAAGUAGGUAAUUAAAAGAAAUUGGUGAUUGGUAGCAAGAGAUACCGAAAAUUGGGAAAAGGAACUUAUAUAAGAAUUAUAAUUAUUAACUACCUAUCUCCAAAAAAAUCAUAAUCUGGAGAAGAAUUUCUAAAAAGUAGUAAAAACCGAAAGUAAUGUUUUCGUACGUAGAUAAAGGUAUUCUUCCAAAGCUGGUGAGAUUUAACUCCACAGCAUCAGGCGUAUUUGUAAACAGAAAUCCAAGGAAUUUGGAGCGAAUGCGAAUAGCCCGCAAACCAGACGGCUACCAUUUAGAGAAGCCUGGCCGAAAGUUUUGGCACAAAUUAAUUCUGACGUCAACAAACAGAACAGUAAAAGCAGAGGUUGUCCACUUUGUUAAUGGCCCUGUUAUUGAAGCAAAAACAUCUGAAUGGGCGCUCCGCAACCAGCUAUACAGUAUCACAGAUACAUGUGCUUAUAUCAACCUUGGAAAAGUGUUUGCCCAAAGGUGCCUUGAAAGUGGCAUCUUGGAAAUGUAUUGCGAUAUUGAACCAGUUGAAGGAGGCAAAGUUGAGAAAUUCCUAAAUGAAGUUGUUAAAGGAGGAAUCAAAUUACAAGAAAUGGAAGUUUAUAAGAAACCUGAACCUUGGGAUCGGUUUAGACCUGAAAAGCCUUGGGAAGUUACUGAAGAUUAAGUUUUAUUUGCUUAUGCCAUAUAAAUUAAAAAAAAAGUUUUAUUAGUUUAAUAGUUAGUUAUUGCUAUCAAUAAAAGUUAUCUCUAAUCAUUUUUUCAACAAUGAUCUAGCAUAUCUUGAUGAGAUCUA